AUGGAGGCAUUUGAAAAGGCUGCUUCUAACAGAAAAUGUGUUGUUUCAGCAAUUGAUACAGUAAGUGGAGAUUUGUCUAAGGAAGUGAAAAGAACAGUUUUGCAGCAAGUUUCUGACAAUUCAUCCAGAACAAUGGGAAAACAGAUAGGAUUCCAGGACCCUUGGGGUGACACCUGGGCAAUGAAUCAGGGUUAUUUUUCUGCCGGACAAGACGAACCACUGAAUUUGAGUGCACCUCGCAUGGAAAAUCAUUUCAUGCUCACGGAGACUUAUCGACACGGACCAUUGAACUCUGGUCCAGCGGAAAUACCUAUUUAUGGCGUCAGCAAUCAGGAAAUGAAUUUGAAUACGGAAACUCUGUAUAGUAUUCCAUUGACAGUACCGGAUUUCAACACAGACGCAAUCAGAGCUCUCAGAGAGAUCAGUUUAACACCAUUAAGUUCUCACCACAGUGAUAGAAUAACACCAACAAGUUCUCACCACAAUGAUAGAAUAACACCACCAAGUUCUCAACACAGUGAUAGAAUAACACCAACAAGUUCUCAACACAGUUAUAUAAUAACACCGCCAAGUUCUAAUCAUCUUGAUAGAAUAACACCGCCAAGUUCUCAACACAGUGAUAGAAUAACACCGCCAAGUUCUCACCACAGUGAUAGAAUAACACCGCUAAGUUCUAAUCAUCUUGAUAGAAUGACACCACCAAGUUCUUAUGACCGUGAUAGAAUAACACCACCAAAAAUGAUCUGUGCAUUCCAGCCACCAAAGAAAAGGAGAAGAAUACAUGAAAAUGAUUUUAACGCCGACGUUUUACCAUAUAUCAAUUUGGAUCCAGAUCUUCCAGAGGAUAUUAAAGAAACUCAUAUACCAAAUCAGGACUUUAUACGAUAUUGCACAGCACGGGUGGUAAUCGUUGGCUUGAAUAACUUCCGUGGACAGGUUGAAUCAGGAGAAGAAGUUUAUAUUAUUAAGGAUGGCUCGAGCAAAACUUGUAUGGUGGCAACAAAUCGUUUUGGCGUUGAAGUAGGAUAUCUGAAAUCUGAUGUUUCAGGUGUUAUCUCACCAUUAAGAGACAAAAAGGUCAUAGGAAUAGAGGGAACCGCUAUACAUGGAAGUCAGGAUGCUCUCCUCAACAGCAUUGCUAUUUACCUCAAAAUAUUUGGGAAGGAAGGUUACAAAUUACCCACUUUGAAAAAAUUGAUUGACAUUAAGGUGCCACUGAAUAUUGAUAUCUGUCCCUCUGAAUCACAAGAAGACAUCAUGGUCGCCCUCGAUAUAAACGAAAAAUUUGAGGGCAUAUUUUUUAACGAGAACCAAUUUUUAAACAUGAAAGAGGAAGCGGACGCCAUUAACACACUUUUUGAAAAUUUGGCGGAAGAAGAUAAAAUGACCCCUUCAGAACCAUCAAAGGAAAUAGUUACACCGCUGCAUAUGCACCAGAAACAAGCCCUUCACUGGAUGAUCAUGAAAGAGAAUGGGAGUCAACUGCCGCCAUUUUGGGAUCUCAAAGACGGACUGUAUCGUAACAGUAUAACAUCAAUCAAACAAACAACGAAACCUCGCAGUAUCAGGGGAGGCAUUCUAGCUGAUGAGAUGGGACUAGGAAAAACUUUAACAGUAAUUUCUCUUAUCGUGACAAAUCCAAAGAAUGCUGGCAAAAUACCAUCUAAAAUUGAAAACACAGCUAAUGGUGUUCAUACAUCUUCUGACACUGGAAACCCGGAGAGUAGAAAGAACAUGCAUUGUGAACCACAAGAGCAAGUAAAAGAUGAAGAUAUGCUAUCAGACAAUGAAGAAACAGUAACAAAUAUGGAAGAGAUUUCUGACAAUGAAAAUCCAGAUGAAAAUAUAGACAUUCACUCUGAUUUAGAUGAACAGACUAUACAUAGAGAUUUAAGUUCCAAUGUCGGUUUUAUGAAUGAAGAGGGAGACUUUAACUGUGAUACAGAAAAGACAAAAAAAGAUGGAAACAUGAGUACUUCUGAAAACCUGAAGAAAGAUAAACAAUUAGCUUCUGAUAACAAAGGGAGCUUGGAGGAUGGGAAUGAGUCUACAGAUACAGACGAAUUUCAGAUGAUUCUUGAGGAAACGAAAGAUGAAGACAUUCCCCCAGAGAAUGAGGAACCAGGGACUGAUACAAAAGAGUCUUCUGAUGUUGAAAAGCCAAAUGAACAUACAGACUUUCACUCUGACGUUGAAGAGUUGACUAAAAUUGGGGAUGUAGGCUCUGAUACUGAUGUGAUAAAUGAAAAGAGAGAACUUAGAUGUAAUGCAGAGAAGAUAGAAGAUGGAAACAUGAAUAGUGAUUCAGAGAGCCUCCAGAAAAAUAAACAAUCAGCCUCUGACACUGGAGAGACGUUGAAAGACGGGAUUGAAUCUACAGAUACAGAGGGACUGAACAUAAACUUGGAUAACCCAUGUGAAAACAUAGAUCCAAAGGACGAAGAUGAAAAUUCGCAGCUCUCUCUCACAAACAGUACAGAAAAGAUAGAAAAGAAGAAACAUGUGAAAGGUACCAAUUUGAAGAAGACAAAGAAAAAGAAGAAAAUUUCAAAGACGACACUGAUUGUAGCCCCUGUUUCUGUCAUAAAUGUCUGGGAAACUCAGAUUAUAGAACAUGUCGACAAAAGAUACCCACUGAAAACGUACACUUUCCAUGGGAGGAAAAGAGUGGAGGAUGAGUCAGUACUUACUCAGAACGAUGUUGUACUGACGUCGUACGAUACACUGCGGAUUGACGCCAAGAAGGGCCGCAUUCUACAAGAGGUGAAAUGGUUCCGUGUGGUGUUAGAUGAGGGACACAAAAUAAAGAAUCCAUCCUCUAAACAGACCCAGGCUAUCAACAGUCUCCAGUCUCAAAGAAGAUGGAUUCUAACAGGUACUCCAAUUCAGAACAAGAUUGAAGAGCUAUGGUCUCUUAUAUCCUUUCUCAAAAUAGACACCUUUACUGAUGUGAAUCAGUGGAAGAAAAUUAUCGUGGAUCCCCUGGUCUUUGGCGAUGGAGAUGCCAAAAGGCGGAUAUUUCAUCUUGUAAAUUUCAUAGCAUUGAGAAGAACAAAAACUUCGACCAUACGGGGAGAAAAAAUACUUUCGUUACCACAGAAAACAAUACUUGUGAAAGAAAUCCUUUUUUGUGAUAAAGAGAUGGAGGUUUAUAGGGAAUUUGACAGGGGAUGCAAACAACUCAUCCGACGACUGAUUGAUGAAAGAAGGCACCUUCAAGAAAUUGGCCUCUUCUAUGCGGCACUAGUACGACUGAGGCAGCUUUGUUGUCACCCAGAAAUAAUUCCACCAAAAGCAAAAGUUGGAAAAGUAAAACUGGAUAGGUCUCUCAGUGAGCUGGAGAAUACACAUACAGGAACGGAAAAGCUUGCUUCAUUAUUGAGAUUAUCUGAAAAUGAUUGUUGUAGUGUUUGUUUAGAAGAAAUUUGUGUGACAGAAGGCAAAAAUAUCCCCGUUAUUACAGAUUGUGAUCAUGUCUUCUGCAAGGCGUGUAUUGUUGGAGUGAUUCAGCAAUAUGGCACAUGUCCAAAUUGUCGAGGAAAUCUGUCAAUGAAUUCUUUAACGGAAUGUCCUCCAGAUGAACUUGCCCUUCGCUUACAAAGACCUGAACUAGACAAAUCUGUGCUGAGCACAAAGACAACAGCCUUGAUGAUAGAUUUGCACAAAUUACGAGAUGAUUCCCCAGGUGAAAAAUGCGUGAUCGUCUCAGAAUUCACCACCCUUUUGGAUGUAAUUGAGGAGCCACUAAAGAGUUCAAAUUUUCGAUUCGUCCGGUUGGAUGGUAAAAUGAAUCAGAAGGCUAGGGCUAAAAGCAUUGAAGUGUUUUCCAAUUCAGGAGAUGACUCGCCAACAGUGAUGUUGUUGUCUCUAAAAGCAGGAGGAGAAGGCAUCAGUCUUGUAGCAGCAUCCAGGGUCUUCCUCCUUACCCCACACUGGAAUCCAGCCACUGAGGAGCAGUGCUUUGACAGGUGUCAUAGACUUGGUCAAACCAAAGAUGUCAUUAUAACUAAGUAUGUCGUUAAAAAUACAAUAGAAGAAAGAAUAUUAAAUCUUCAAGAACAGAAAAAGAAGCUGAUGGACUGUGCAUUCAACAACAGCAAAAAGAAACCAGAAAAGCUAGGAAUUAAUGAGAUAAGAACUCUUUUAGAUGUCUAACGUUAUGUGUUAUUUACACAUCACAAGAAUGUGUAUCAAGCAAGGCAGCAGUAGCAGUUCACACAUAUUGACUCUUACAAACAAUUCAUUUAAACUCGCAAAUUAGCAAAUAUGCAGUACAAAUAGUAACUUGUAAAAUUUACUCCAUUGUUUUAUGUUUUAAUGAUUCAAAAAUAU